AACCCACCCAGCACGGCCAACUGCCUCCAAGGCAGCCGUGGGGGAGCACAGGUGUGGGAGGGAGAGUGUGGGCUGGUGAGAUGCAAAGACUCUGAGAGGGCCCAGGGGUUCGAGUGCGGGUGUGGAGGGGCCGGUCAGCUAGGCAGGGGGACCCUCCGGGACUCUGGUCUCUUCUUCCCUCCCAGGCACCUUCCUCAGACCCUCCCUCAGGGCUGAGCCCUCCUCUGUGGUCCCCCAGGGAACCCCUGUGCGGCUGUGGUGUCGGGGGUCUCCCACAGCUCAUCUCUUCACUUUGAGGAAGGCAGGACCCGGCGGGUACGCGGACAUAUACGUGGUCAUUCCUCCAGACUCUGGAAUGGAGGCCGAGUUCCUCCUCUCGUCUGUCACGGCCAGCGAUGGGGGGCUUUAUAAGUGCUGCUAUAGGAGCCCAUCGGGCGGCUCCGAGGACAGUGAGCCCCUGCAGCUGGUGGUGACAGGUGAGAGCAGGCAGGCGGCCAGAGGCGGCGGCGACUCCUCGGUCCUCCCUGCCUCCCCUCCCUCGCGUGCUUCCUCUGGGGCUGCUUCCCCCUCGGGAGGCGGGAGAGCCGGCUCUGAUCUCAGGGGACCGGCACGCGGUGGCUCCCUGGGGCUGGGGCGGGCGGCGGCUCUCCUCGUGUCUGCCCCGCUCCGAGCCAAGAGAAGGGCGCGGCACUGGCCUGGGCACAGGGAGGGCAGGGAGGCUCUCCGCCGUGACCCAGCGUCUCCUUCCCCAGGCCGAUUCGGCAAACCCUCCUUGUGGGCACUGCCCAGCCCUGAGGAGGCCUCGGGGCACGAGGUGACGCUCCAGUGUCAGUCGGAGCAGCGGCACGACAGGGCGGUUCUGUACAAGGACGGAGGCCCGGUGGCCUUCGGCGUGGCCCGGAGGCGGGAAACGGGGUCUCAGACCAACUUCUCCCUCCCCGCCGGCUCCGCGGCCCGCGGAGGGACUUACAGCUGCUACAGCUUCCACAGCGGCUCUCCCUAUGAGUGGUCAGCCCCCAGCGAGCCCCUGGCGCUCGGGCUCAUGGGCUCCUACACUGUGCUCAGUGCUGCAGAUACACAGAAGGGCAGAAAUCCUGGUUCCCAGGAACCCCCAGGUGCUGCCUCCCAGGAUUACACUGUGGGCAACGUGAUCCGCCUCAGUCUGGCUGGCCUGGUGCUCCUCCUCCUGGGUGUCCUGCUGGCUGAAGCCUGGACCAGCCGGAGGGGACCCUGAGAAACCCCCCUGGGGAGACCCUGUCUAAGCAGCCAGUCUAGAUAGACAGGAAGGCAGAGCUGGAGUUCAGGGAAUGCUGACCCCCAGCAGUCACCAGUCUGGAGGAAAUGGCUCUGCCAACACCAGAGGGGUCACCCCGGCCCCUGGCACCUGGUCCGGCCUCCCUUCCUCCCUUGGGCUUCUGCUUUGUCUCCCUCCCCCUGACUCACAGGCUUGCCCCGACCCUCUGCCCACCCUGCCACCAGGGAGGAGAACAGCCAGGACAGCUGAAAGCAGAGAGGACUGUGCAGGCAGAGACCAGGACAGCUCCUGGCCCAGGGACUGCCUCACUUUCCUCUUCACAGCCCCUGAGGUCACUCUAGAGAGUGUGGUGGGGGAGGGGGCAUGGCAAGCCCUGGCCAAUGAGGGCUCACUCCUUGGAACCCUUUCAGGGGCUCUGAGGCUGUUCAUCCAUGUGGAGGCCAUACUUGGUCAGCACACAAGGUCUGGAUCUCCACUUUGUGCCAAUGUCCUGAGACGUCUCUUCUCUACUCCUGUCCUGGCCAGCCCCUGCUCCCUUCUGGGAGUCCUUGGGGAGCUCUUAGGGCACCCUAUCCAGGAUGGCUUUGCUCAGGGCAAUCAUGGUCAGUCUGGAACUGGCCAGCCCUGAAACCCUGCUUGAGCAGAUGAAGGAAGUUGGACAAGGAGAUGUAUGGAUUGAGAGGAGGAGACUGAGUCAGACUAGUUCCAAGUGCUUGAGAUAGUCUGAUCCCUGGGACACUGGUCCAUUGUCUUUUCUCUGGACCCUCAUAAGAAAGGAUGAUCAAGGGGGCAGCUGGGUGGCUCAGUGGAUGGAAAGCCAGGCCUAAAGAUGGAAUGUCCUAGGUUCAAAUCUGGCCUCAGACAUUUCCCAGCUGUGUGACCCUGGCCAAGUCACUUGACACCCCCUCCCCCCCAUUGCCUAGCCCUUACCACUCUUCUGCCUUGGAACCAAUACACAGUAUUGAUUCCAAGACAGAAGGUAAGGGAAAGGAGGGAGGGAGAGAGGAAGGGAGGGAGGGAGAGA